GGCUCCUGCUCACGGCCGAAAUGGGGGCGGCUGCCGGUUUUUCUAAUAACAGAAAGGAUACACGACCAGGCGACUGAUAUUCUCCCCUUUCCUGCCGCUGUCGCUCGGAAUAGCAACCGUAUUUUGAUUUGCGUCAUUAUGUAAUGAGGGAUACUCUCUGAGAUCAUGAUAGGCAUAAUAGCUAGACAAGGAACAACGGGGACCGUGCAAGCAGAGCUGAACCAGCCACCACAGCGUUUUUGUUAUGGAGCGGUGGUGUGGGGAAUGUGAAUGACAUGGAAAAGGCAUAUAAUGGCUCUUCUCCACCGGCUUUCUCUGUUGAUGUGAACGAAAAGGGAACCAGCAGCACAUCUCUCACCCAGCCACUGUCAGACGGUACCGCCGACGCGGCAGCUCGUCUCUCUAAACAUGUCAGCAGGGAUGAAACGGGUUGCAGUGACAGCAGAGAGUCGGGUGAAGCAGGAGAGGAUAUUGGCCGUUCCACAGUUUUAGUUACUGACAGCCCAUCCGGUGGCACUGUAAGCAAUUGUGUUAUUCCUGAGCCAGGUAGCGACUCUGCUACAAACGGGUUUACUGGGUCAACAAUGGUAGGCUCCAAGGCAGGGAACUGCUCUGCUAUCACUGCAGUGAAUCGAGAGGAAAUGGACAGGAAUGCUCUCCAGGGGAUCUCACUGGCUGAGAAGAACAAGGAUUCCUCUGCAGAAGAACUAGAUGCCUGUCAUCCACCAUUGAACUUUGUGACAGCAGCUGAGACUGUGGAGUCAUUGACACACUCCUGCAAUGGACAGCUUGAACUGAGCUGCACAGCUGCCUCCCGGACUGGUCCACAGGGGCUCUCGAAUUGGGACACAGACAGUGUUAUACAGAGCACCCUCAGCAGUGAUGCUGUUAGUAGGCCACAGAUUAACUGGAGUACGACCCCUGACAAGGAGGCCAAAAUGGCAAACGGUGGAUUAUUUAUAGGACCCAGCAGCGCCAAGUUACACACAGAGACAGUUGUAACAAUUAUUUUGGAUGGUGCUGCAACCGGUCUCUCUAACACAAAGUGUGAAAACCCCUCCUCAAUUGCAGUGAGUGCAAGGGAAGGCCAUGACGAAUCCUGCAAUAUCAGAGAGGAACCUGACGAAGCCGGGGCCCAGCCUAGGACACAAGCUAACGUGGCAGGAGAUCUGUCUGAUGGUGCUACUUCAAAUCUCACCUCUCAGGGUUUACCAUCAAGCCCAGCACCAACGAAAGACCCCUGUGGGGUCAGUGUUAAACCAGACACCUGUCAGGGAGAGGAACCGUCAGCAUCUGGUCACCUAGGAGAUGAUCCAUCCUCCAGACCCCAUCCUCAGGCCCUCAGGACCAGGACUGUACCCAACAGUCUGAGCUAUGACUCCUCCACCUUUCUCAGCCCAGGGGAUGAGGACGGGGAGACAUUCGUGGAGCUGGGGGCCCAGGGCCACAGUGACCUCAGGUUCAUGGACGUCAGUCUGAGCUCCAGGAACACCUUUGAGUCCAGCAGACGUCAGUCCGCCCCAGGAGAUAUACCAGAGGGCCUGAGUGUAGUCUCGGUAGACCCCUCUGAACUGGCUUUACAGUCCAAAAGACCCGGCAUUGCUGAGUAUUUUGGCAGGAGUUUAUUUUCCAAGAAGCAGAGAGAGCCGAAAGGUCCGUCUCAGAAUGUCCCUGGUUGGAAGCUGUUUGGAAAAGUCCCCGCUAGAGAGAGCGCUCCCAAGGACUCCAGGACCAUACAGCAGGAGAGUAUUCCAGAUGGUCUCACGUCUGUGUCCACACCAAAUCUCUUAAGCGCAGGGGAGUUUGAGGCCAGGGUGGGCAAGGCUGGGCCUGGGGGAACGCCAGCUGGGCUGUCCCCUACUCAGCCUCAACAGAGCCGGAGGAAGAACCUGGAGUUUGAGCCACUGUCCACCACAGCUCUUAUACUGGAGGACAGGCCUGCGAACCUUCCUGCCAAGUCUGUGGAGGAGGCCCAGCGUCACCGCCAGGAGUAUGACGAGAUGGUGGCCGAGGCCAAGAAGAGAGAAUUGAAGGAGGCCCAGAGGAAAAGGAAAGAGAUAAAGGAGAGGUUUAAGCAGGAGGAAAGCAUCGCCAACGCCAUGGUGGUCUGGAACAACGACAUCCUGCCCAACUGGGAAAACACGCGUAACACUCGACGGGUGAGAGAGCUCUGGUGGCAGGGCUUGCCCCCCAAUGUCAGAGGAAAGGUCUGGAGCCUGGCCAUCGGCAACGAGCUCAACAUCACCCCAGAGCUGUAUGAAAUCUUCCUCUCCAGAGCCAAGGAGAGAUGGAGGAGUUUCAGUGAGACGGGUUCAGAGACAGAGGCAGAUGAUGGGGCAUCCUUAGCAGACAGAGAGUCCAGUCUGGACCUGAUCAAGCUGGACAUAUCCCGCACAUUCCCCCCUCUUUUUAUCUUCCAGAAGGGUGGGCCAUAUCAUGAUCUCCUCCACAGUGUGCUGGGGGCCUACACCUGUUACAGACCUGACGUGGGAUAUGUCCAGGGAAUGUCCUUCAUAGCUGCAGUAUUAAUCCUCAACCUGGAGGAAGCUGAUGCCUUCAUCGCGUUCGCUAACCUGCUCAACAAGCCCUGCCAGCUGGCCUUUUUCAGAGUGGACCAUGAUCUGAUGCUGAAAUACUUUGCUGCGUUCGAGGUGUUCUUUGAAGAGAACCUCCCAAAACUAUUUAACCACUUCCAGAGCUCCAAACUCACCCCAGAUCUCUAUCUCAUAGACUGGAUUUUCACUCUGUACAGUAAGUCGUUGCCAUUGGACGUGGCGUGUCGCGUGUGGGACGUAUUCUGUCGUGACGGCGAGGAGUUCCUGUUCCGGACGGGUCUAGGGAUCCUGCGUCUGUACGAGGACGUGCUCCUACAGAUGGAUUUCAUCCACAGCGCCCAGUUUCUGACACGCCUCCCUGAGGAUAUAGGCUCAGAUAGGCUGUUCACCUGCAUUGCGGCCGCGCCCAUGCUCAAUGGAAACAAAAAGUGGUCCCAGGUAUUUAAUGCAUUGAUAAAGGACAACAAGGACCUGGACAGGAAUUGCAACCCAGCACUUAAGAGUUCAUGAUUCAGCAGUGGAACAUUUUAAUGAUCAUGUUCCUCUCUUUAAUUGAGAGGCUUUGAUCACCUUAGAUUGACCAUGGUAAAUGGACCUUAAAGAAUGAUGUCAUACUUGAAGAUGGAGGCCUUGAGCACCAUUGGCAGUUUUAUUGAAUUGAGAGUAUUUAUGGUAGUAUAUCAUGAAUAUAUGAUGACAUACUGAAGUUAGAUGUAAUGUAUUGGGUCUGUCUAGUCCCAUCAGAAAGGUCUGGAGUUUCUUAGAUUGAGUGAGGCCCUUAGUUACACCUGUGGAUUUUCUCACUAACAUGACAAGAUAUUUAAUGAGAAUGCACCUCCAAGCAUACAUUUACAGUAUAUGACUUAAUGGACCAAGCCAAUAUAACAACAUAGAACAAAAUGAUAACAGUGACACAGCCCUUCCAUUUCUUAAGUCUCUGAAGCCUGACAUUGAAUAGUUUCUGCUCAACUAAACUAACAGUAGUAGGUUUUCAUUACAGUGAGCAGUAAGUACUUGUUUCUGAAAGACCUAUAGAAAGUGCAAAAGAGAACGUGUGGCACAUGAGGCUUUGGUGUUUUGCUUUUGUGCUGAAUGAAUCCACAGUGAAGCUCAUAUAUUGUUGUGAAUGAAAGAGCAAUGAGACUCUCAUUCAAAGCACCUAUUCAUGAAACAUAAUUUACUUUUAAAACCUGGUCUCGUUUGUGAUGUUGUUCACAUCUUUUGUUACUUUACAUUUGACCAAAUGCUUAUAUGUUGAUGCAACAUAUUUUUUCAUCAAUGCUGUAGUUCAUGGUUCUACAGGACAUUUUUCAUAUCUUAUAUAUUGGAUAUAAAAAAAGUUGUAUAUUGUUUCUUUUGCAUUUUUUCUAUGCUCUUUAUUGUACAGUUUUCAUACUACUAAGGUAGAACAAUUGUAAAUAUAUUUGAAAUUAAUUAAAAAGUACCUCUGUGAUACUGUAUCAGACCAGAAGUUAUGAAUUAUGUGAAUAAAUCAAAGAGAUGAUCAUUACAUUUUAAAUGUC